UGCUCCUGGGACCCCCUGGCGGGGUGGCUGGCUGGCUGGCCGGCGGGGGGCCGGGGGUCCCCCGCGAUCUCCGGCCUCGGGGCGCGCGCGCGCAUCGCCCCCGCGUCCGUCUCCAGCCUGCGCGACCCUCGCCGCCCGGCCGGCUGCUGGCCCAGGGUCCCCGCUGGCUGCUGACAUGGACGAAUGCCCCUCGCUGCCCUCCAUUGCGGCGCCCGAGGCCGAGCCCGGGGUCACAGAGCAACCAGGGCCCCGGAGUCCCCCUCCGUCCCCACCAGGCCUCGAGGUGCCCCUGGAUGGAGCCAACCCGGACCCCGACAUCCCUCACCCAGACCUGGCACCCGUGGCCUUCUUCUGCUUGCGCCAGACCACCAGCCCCCGGAACUGGUGCAUCAAGAUGGUCUGUAACCCAUGGUUCGAAUGUGUCAGCAUGAUGGUAAUCCUGCUAAACUGCGUGACUCUCGGCAUGUACCAGCCCUGCGACGACAUGGACUGCCUGACAGACCGCUGCAAGAUCCUGCAGGUCUUCGACGACUUCAUCUUUGUCUUCUUCGCCAUGGAGAUGGUGCUGAAGAUGGUGGCUUUGGGCAUUUUCGGCAAGAAGUGCUACCUGGGCGACACGUGGAACCGGCUGGAUUUCUUCAUCGUCAUGGCGGGAAUGGUCGAGUAUUCCCUGGACCUGCAGAACAUCAACCUGUCAGCCAUCCGCACCGUGCGAGUCUUGAGGCCCCUCAAAGCCAUCAACCGCGUGCCCAGCAUGCGAGUCCUGGUAAACCUCCUACUGGACACGCUGCCCAUGCUGGGCAAUGUCCUCCUGCUCUGCUUCUUCGUCUUCUUCAUCUUCGGCAUCAUCGGCGUCCAGCUAUGGGCCGGCCUGCUGCGUAACCGCUGCUUCCUGGAGGAGAACUUCACUCUGUGAGGGGACGUGGCACUUCCCCCCUAUUACCAGCCUCGAGGAUGACGACCGAGAUGCCCCUUCAUCUGCUCGCUGUCAGGAGAUAACGGCAUCAUGGGAUGCCACGAGAUCCCCCCACUCAAGGAGCAGGGCCGGGAAUGCUGCCUGUCCAAGGAUGAUGUGUUCGACUUUGGGACGGGCCGGCCUGACCUCAAUGCCAGUGGGCUCUGCGUCAACUGGAACCGCUACUACAAUGUGUGCCGCACGGGCAGUGCCAACCCGCACAAGGGUGCCAUCAAUUUCGACAACAUCGGCUACGCCUGGAUCGUCAUCUUCCAGGUGAUCACGCUGGAGGGCUGGGUGGAGAUCAUGUACUACGUCAUGGAUGCGCACUCCUUCUACAAUUUCAUCUACUUCAUCUUGCUCAUCAUCGUGGGCUCCUUCUUCAUGAUCAACCUGUGCCUGGUGGUGAUUGCAACGCAGUUCUCAGAGACCAAGCAGCGGGAGCACGACUGAUGCUGGAAGCAGCGUCGCCGCUACCUGUCAUCCAGCACGGUGGCCAGCUAUGCAGAGCCAGGCGACUGCUACGAGGAGAUCUUCCAGUACGUCUGCCAUGUCCUACGCAAGGCCAAGCGCCGUGCCCUGGGCCUCUACCAGACACUGCAGAGCCGGCGCCAGGCCCCAGGCCUCGGCAUCCCUGCCUCUGCCAAACCUGGUCCCCCAGCCAAGGAACCUCGGCACUACAAACUCUGCCCGCGCCACAGCCCUCUGGACCCCACACCCCACACGGUGCUGCAGCCCAUCUCAGCCGCCCUGGCCGCUGACUCGGCCAGUUGCCCCCACUGCCAGUCCCAGAUGGCGCCUGGCAGCCCCGACUCGGGCCAGGAGGGCUCGAGAGGCUCGGGGGCCAGCACGGAGGAUGAGGCAGACGGCGAGGGUGCCCGGAGCAGCGAGGACCGAGCCUCGUCCGGGCUGGGGAAGGAGGACGAGGAGGAGCAGGCGGCCGCCGCCACCCGACUGUGUGGACGCAUGUGUCGGGAGACGAGGGCAAAGCUGCGGGGCAUUGUGGACAGCAAAUACUUCAAUCGCGGCAUCAUGACGGCCAUCCUCGUCAACACCGUCAGCAUGGGCAUUGAGCACCACGAGCAGCCUGAGGAGCUGACCAACAUCCUGGAGAUCUGCAACGUGGUCUUCACCAGCAUGUUCGCCCUGGAGAUGCUUCUCAAGCUGGCAGCCUUCGGCCUCUUUGACUACCUGCGCAACCCCUACAACAUCUUCGACAGUGUCAUCGUCAUCAUCAGCAUCUGGGAGAUCGUAGGCCAGGCGGACGGCGGCCUCUCGGUGCUGCGGACUUUCCGGCUGCUGCGUGUGCUCAAGCUGGUGCGCUUCAUGCCCGCCCUGCGGCGCCAGCUGGUGGUGCUCAUGAAGACCAUGGACAACGUGGCCACCUUCUGCAUGCUUCUCAUGCUCUUCAUCUUCAUCUUCAGCAUCCUGGGGAUGCACAUCUUUGGCUGCAAAUUCAGCCUCCGUACGGACUCGGGGGACACCGUUCCCGACCGGAAGAACUUCGACUCUCUGCUGUGGGCCAUCGUCACGGUGUUCCAGAUCCUGACCCAGGAGGACUGGAACGUCGUCCUCUACAACGGCAUGGCCUCCACCUCCCCCUGGGCCUCUCUCUACUUCGUGGCUCUCAUGACCUUCGGCAACUACGUGCUCUUCAACCUGCUGGUGGCCAUCCUCGUAGAGGGCUUCCAGGCAGAGGGUGACGCCAACCGGUCCUACUCGGAUGAGGACCAGAGCUCAUCUGACUUAGAGGACUUCAACAAGCUGCCUGAGAGCCUGGACGUCGGAGAUCUCAAGCUCUGCCCAGUACCCAUGACUCCCAAUGGGCACCUGGACCCUAGUCUCCCAUUGGGAGCACAUCUGGGCCCCCUUGGAGCAGCUGCCCCCACCCCCCGCCUCUCGCUGCAGCCGGACCCGGUGUUGGUGGCUUUGGGCUCCCGCAAGAAUAGUGUCAUGUCGCUGGGCAGAGUCAGCUGUGACCAGCGCUCCCUGUCCAGCUCCCGGAGCUCCUACUAUGGGCCUUGGGGCCGCAGUGGGGCCUGGGCCAGCCGCCGUUCCAGCUGGAGCAGCCUCAAGCACAAGCCGCCGUCCGCAGAGCACGAGUCCCUGCUGUCGGCCGAGCGCAGCGUGGUCCAGGCGGGGGGCGAGGGGCCCCGGGAUGAGGGGCCGUCCCGGGCCGGACACCCGCAGGCCCUGCAUGCCCACCACGCGCACCACGGCCCGCACCGCGCGCAUCGGCACCGCCGCCACCGCCGGACGCUGUCCCUGGAUACCAGGGACUCAGUGGACCUGGCCGAGCUGGGGCCUGCCUCGGCCUCGGGGGCCCAUCACCACCGGGCAGCCUGGAGGGCCGGGAUCCCUCCAGGGGGGCCGGGCCACGAGGACUGCAAUGGCAAGAUGCCCAAUCUCGCCAAGGACGUUUUCACCAAGAUGGGGGACAGGCACGACCGUCGAGACGACGAGGAGAUCGACUAUACUUUGUGCUUCCGAGUCCGCAAAAUGAUUGACGUCUACAAACCUGACUGGUGUGAGAUCCGGGAGGAUUGGUCUGUCUAUCUCUUUGCCCCCGAGAACAGGUUCCGUGUCCUGUGUCAGACCAUUAUCGCUCACAAGCUCUUCGACUACGUGGUCCUGGCCUUCAUCUUCCUAAACUGCAUCACCAUUGCCCUGGAGAGGCCCCAGAUCGAGGCUGGCAGCACCGAACGCAUCUUCCUCACUGUGUCCAACUACAUCUUCACAGCCAUUUUCGUGGGCGAGAUGACCCUGAAGGUGGUCUCCCUAGGCCUGUACUUUGGGGAACAAGCUUACCUGCGCAGUAGCUGGAACGUUCUGGAUGGCUUCCUGGUCUUCGUGUCCAUCAUUGACAUUGUGGUGUCCGUGGCUUCUGCGGGGGGAGCCAAGAUCCUGGGGGUUCUCCGGGUCCUGCGACUCCUGCGUACCCUCCGCCCCUUGCGUGUCAUCAGCCGGGCGCCCGGCCUCAAGCUGGUGGUGGAGACACUCAUCUCAUCCCUCAAGCCCAUUGGCAACAUCGUUCUCAUCUGCUGCGCCUUUUUCAUCAUCUUUGGCAUCCUGGGAGUGCAGCUCUUCAAGGGCAAGUUCUACCACUGCCUGGGCGCUGACACCCGCAACAUCACCAACCGCUCGGACUGUGUGGCCGCCAACUACCGCUGGGUGCAUCACAAAUACAACUUCGACAACCUGGGCCAGGCCCUGAUGUCCCUAUUUGUCCUGGCGUCCAAGGACGGCUGGGUCAACAUCAUGUACAAUGGUCUGGACGCAGUGGCUGUGGACCAGCAGCCGGUGCCCAACCACAACCCCUGGAUGCUGCUGUACUUCAUCUCCUUCCUGCUCAUCGUCAGCUUCUUCGUGCUCAACAUGUUUGUGGGCGUCGUGGUGGAGAACUUCCACAAGUGCCGGCAGCACCAGGAGGCCGAGGAGGCGCGACGGCGUGAGGAGAAGCGACUGCGGCGGCUGGAGAAGAAGCGGAGGAAGGCCCAGCGCCUGCCCUACUAUGCCACCUACUGCCCCACACGGCUGCUCAUCCAUUCCAUGUGCACCAGCCACUACCUGGACAUCUUCAUCACCUUCAUCAUCUGCCUCAACGUGGUCACCAUGUCGCUGGAGCAUUACAACCAGCCCACGUCCUUGGAAACGGCCCUCAAGUACUGCAAUUACCUGUUCACUACUGUCUUCGUGCUGGAGGCGGUGCUCAAGUUGGUGGCCUUUGGCCUCAGACGCUUCUUCAAGGACCGGUGGAACCAGCUGGACUUAGCCAUCGUGCUGCUGUCCGUCAUGGGCAUCACGCUGGAGGAGAUCGAGAUCAACGCAGCGCUGCCCAUCAACCCCACCAUCAUCCGCAUCAUGCGGGUCCUGCGCAUCGCCCGGGUGCUGAAGCUGCUAAAGAUGGCCACUGGGAUGCGGGCUCUGCUGGACACGGUGGUGCAGGCGCUCCCCCAGGUGGGUAACCUGGGCCUCCUCUUCAUGCUGCUCUUCUUCAUCUACGCCGCCCUGGGGGUGGAGCUCUUCGGGAAACUGGUCUGCAACGACGAGAACCCAUGCGAGGGCAUGAGCCGGCACGCCACCUUCGAGAACUUCGGCAUGGCCUUCCUUACACUCUUCCAGGUGUCCACAGGCGACAACUGGAACGGGAUCAUGAAGGACACACUGCGCGACUGCACCCACGACGAGCGCAGCUGCCUGAGCAGCCUGCAGUUCGUGUCACCGCUGUACUUCGUGAGCUUCGUGCUCACCGCGCAGUUCGUGCUUAUCAACGUGGUGGUGGCCGUGCUCAUGAAGCACCUGGACGACAGCAACAAGGAGGCGCAGGAGGAUGCCGAGAUGGACGCCGAGCUGGAGCUGGAGCUGGCCCACGGCCUGGGCCCCGGCUCGAGGCCCCCCACAGGCUCCCCGGGACCCCCUGGCCGAAGCGGGGGCGAGCCCGAGGGCCGCCGGUGCCGCCACUGCUACUCCCCGGCCCAGGAGAACUUGUGGCUGGACAGCGUCUCUUUAAUCAUCAAGGACUCCUUGGAGGGCGAGCUGACCAUCAUAGACAACCUGUCGGGCUCCGUCUUCCACCACUACUCCUCGCUGGCCACCUGCGACAAGUGCCACCACGACAAGCAAGAGGUGCAGCUGGCCGAGACGGAGGCCUUCUCCCUCAACUCCGACCGCUCUUCUUCCAUCUUGCUGGGCGAUGACCUGAGUCUGGAGGAUCCCACGGCCUGCCCGAUUGGCCCCAAAGAUGCCAAGGCAGAGCAGGACCCGGCAGAGCCAGUUCCUCGAGGAGACCCGCAUGACUGCUGCUUCCCCUUGCCUGGCGCUGAUGAUGCUGGCGCCGACAAGUCCUCCGGCCCUGAGAGCUUCCUGGGCGACUCAGAACCUGGCCCGGUCAGCCCCGUCCAGUCCUGGCUGAAACGUGGGAGUGGACAGACAGCACCUCCGAGCCCCCUCCUGCCCAUGCCAGCCGAGUUCUUCCACCCGGCCGUGUCUGCCAGCCAGAAGGGGCAGCAGGAGGUGGUCCUUGGGGCCCUCCCCAAGAUCGCCCUGCAGGGCUCCUGGGCUUCGCUGCGGUCUCCGGGCCUCAACUGCAACCCCCUAGGGCAGGUCACUGGGAGUGACACUUCUCUGGAGGCCAGUCCUAGCAGCUCGGCGGGCAGCCUGCAGGCAACGCUGGAGGACAGCUUGACCCUGAGCGACAGCCCCCGCCAGCGAGCCGCGGGGCCCCCGCCUGCAUCCUUGCUGGGGUCCACUGCAGCUGCUGGCCCCUCGCCCUCUGCCCACCGCCACCCGCCCAGCUUGCGUGGCCGAGGGAGCCUAUUCCGCCUGCGGGGCCUGCGGGGCCACCAGCGCAGCCACAGCAGCGGGGGCUCCACCAGCCCGGGGUGCACCCAGCACGACUCGCUGGACCCCUCGGACGAGGAGGGCACAGGUCGUGUGGCGGGUGCCGAGCACCCAGAUCACCCUGAGCCCCUCGCCCUGUCCCUCACGUCGCUCUUCUGCCCUCCUGCCCCGCCACGCCGUGCCAGCAGCAGCUGCAGCCUCACUGGGGGAUCCCGUGCUGCCCCCCUGGCCCGCAGCCCCUCUUGGGCGGCGGCACACACCAAGGACCCACCGCCCUCAGAGCCGCAGCCCGGGGGUCCGGGCGAGGGGUCCAGUGGCAAGAGGAAGAGAUGAGGGGCCCCGGGGGGGUGGUACCCCCACUUCUUUACCUCAGGAGCCGGGCAGACAGCAAUACUCUCCCCCAGGUGACGUCUAUGCAGACAGACGCACGGACGGACCGGUGGACGGACAGAUAGAUUUAUUUUUUCUACCGAGAGCUUAGGAGGCCCAGAAAGUAUGAAGGUAGGGAGCUCCAAGCCCUGCCAGGCCUCACCGUCUUGGCUAGCCGGGCCGCUCCCCGCGUGUGUGC